AAAUACUAAGAACAUAAAUGAUUCACUUGUUUAACCAAUGGUUUUCUGCUUUUGAGAUUCUUGUUGAGGAUCUGGCACUUCGCCGAGCAACGCUAUGGUUUUGACCGAAACGCGAUCAGGUGACCGUGUUUUGCCAUAUCGAAGGUGCAACGUGUGCUGAAAAUUUAGGUUGCCCACAGUUUAUCCUCUACCACCAUGGACCCUCCCAACGCCGUUCCUGCCAAUGCCUUUAUGAAUGUCACUCUCUCAAGUGUCAUGAAAGAUUCCACUUCUCUCGUUCUGGAUCGUGGACAACCCCGCCCCAACAAGCCGUAUCUCCUUGAUGGUGGCCCUGAUUUCAACGUAGGAAAGCGUCCUCCUAAACGUCUGCCAUCCAAACUCCCUCCUGCAGGCAACCUGCAUCUUCAUCUUUCCGUUGGUGCUAAGAUCGGACGUGGCCGAGUUGGCCGAGUGUAUAAGGCUACCAUUGACCUUACGAAUUCGAGUCCGGAAUUGUCCAACAUGGUACUUCCUCCACUUGUGGUCAAGAUCUCACGUCGCCAUGAUGCGAAACGACUUGCUCGAGAAGCUUAUUAUUACGAAGAAAUGGAAUGUCUGCAAGGUUGCGCUAUCCCAAGAUACUACGGCUUAUAUCAGACUGUGAUCCAGCCCUCGAUGGACUUUUUACCCUGGGUUCAUGACAAAGUCAAUCGACGUCCGGGGUGUCACGGAGACUGCAGUGACAAAGACGAUUCGGACACGGAUUCUGAAUCUUCUGAAUGUGACGACGACGGCGAUAAAGACACAGAGGACGAGGACUCUGAAGAUUCUGAAGUGUAUUCAUCUGAUGAAGAGGAGCCUCCAACUCCAACUUUGGUCAGUAUUCUUAUCCUAGAGCGCAUCGGAGGUCGCCUGCCGCUAGGCAAAUCUUUGCCGCCUGGUAUCAAGGAAGAGUUAGAGACAAUCUACGCUGAUCUCGCCCGACUCGGUGUCGACCAUUGCGAUAUUCGGUAUUUUAAUAUUCUUCGUGCUCCUAAAAACCGUUCAUUGCAUUCCUUGCCUUCGCCCUUUACACAACGUACCUACGGCUGGAGAAUAGUCUCUUUUGACAAUGCUUGCAAAUCCAACAUGAAUGCAGGUUUUUUCUGGGGCUAUCAUCACGAUCUCCUUAACAGACUUCUACUUAACCUGCCUUGGGGAGAUAUUUACGAGCCGUGGGAUUAGUGUACAUCCGUUAUGUAACCGCGGCGACCUGACAUACCGCCCGCACAAUACAUUCUGGGGAAGUUGAAUUUGACGAAACCCACUUCGAAUUCCAUUAUCAUGAUGGAAGCCGUUGCCAGAUUA